UUUCCUGGUAAGGUUGCUCUGUCUCUCCGCUUACCUUCAUCUUCUAUCUUCCUUUUGAAUACCCUAAACCUUAUUACUGAUCUACUGCUUCACCUCCUCUUGUGAUUUCUUUAAGAAUGUAAUAUAAUACAAUUUCUACUAACCAUCUGAUUCCCACCCCCCCAAAAAAAAAAUCUGAAAAAUACAUUGUCAUGGAUGUCCACAGAAACCCACAAUCCAGUCAAAGAAACCACUCUUGGAUCUUGAAAUUGAAAUCGUAUGCAUUCUGGGUAUCAGCUAUUUUGGUUAUUCUUCUAUCUCUCUCUUUCAGUUUCACCAAAACAAACCAUUUCAAGCUCCGGUAUCUGAAAUUAACUCUUUCAUCCCACCCUCUAAACCCCACCCCGAUACUCAGACGUUUCGGGUUUCUUCCUUCAGACCAGCAUGCCAGAGAGAAACCAAAAUCCAAUGCCAUGCUCCCUUACUGCGUUUUAUGGAUGGCUCCCUUCCUUUCUGGAGGUGGGUACAGCUCAGAAGCUUGGGCUUAUAUCACUGCUCUGCACGAAAACAUGAAAGACCCUAUAUUCAGAUUGGGGAUUGACCAACAUGGGGAUUUGGAAAGUCUUGAAUUCUGGGAUGGUUUGCCAAAUGAUCUUAAAAGUCUAGCUUAUGAGCUUUACAAUACAAAAUGUAGAAUGAAUGAGACGAUCGUGAUUUGUCAUAGUGAGCCAGGAGCUUGGCAUCCUCCUCUUUUUGAGACUUUACCUUGUCCGCCCACUGGUUACAAGGAACCAAUGUUCGUUAUUGGUCGGACCAUGUUUGAAAGUGAUAGGGUCAACCCAGACCAUGUCAAGCGGUGUAACAGAAUGGAUUCUGUUUGGGUUCCUACCGACUUCCAUGUCUCUUCAUUUAUUCAAAGUGGGGUUGAAUCCUCGAAGGUAGUAAAGAUGGUCCAACCCGUUGAUGUGAAGUUCUUCGAUCCUUCAAAGUAUGAGCCAUUGCUUGCUUACAGAGGAGAGCUUAUUCCAGGCUCAAGUUCAGAUUUACCUCAAAAGAACAAGGAUUUUGUUUUUCUCAGUAUUUUUAAGUGGGAGUACAGGAAAGGAUGGGAUGUCUUAUUGAGAUCAUACUUGAAGGAGUUCUCUCGGAGGGAUGGUGUUGCUUUGUACCUUCUAACAAAUCCUUACCAUUCUGAUAGGAAUUUUGGGAAUAAGAUUUUGGAUUUCGUAGAAAAUUCUGGUAUUGAGGAACCAGCUGGUGGGUGGGCUGCAGUUUAUUUGAUCGAUUCACACAUACCUCAGAUGGAUCUCCCUAGAGUCUAUAUGGCUGCUGAUGCAUUUGUUCUCCCAUCAAGGGGAGAAGGAUGGGGUCGGCCAAUUGUGGAGGCCAUGGCGAUGUCUUUGCCAGUGAUCACAACAAAUUGGUCUGGCCCAACUGAAUAUUUGACAGAGAAGAACAGUUAUCCAUUGCAUGUGGACAGAAUGAGUGAAGUAACAGAAGGCCCAUUCAAGGGUCAUCUUUGGGCUGAACCUUCUGUUGAUAAGCUUAGAGUUCUAAUGAGGCAUGUGAUGAACAAUCCUGAAGAGGCUAGAGAAAAGGGGAGGAAGGCAAGGGAAGACAUGAUCAGGAGAUUCUCUCCUGAGAUUGUUGCUGGAAUUGUUGUUGAUCAGAUUCGUGAAGUUUUUGACCAGAUGAGUUAGAGACUUGGAGUCUAUUUGUUUUCAUUGAAGUUGAUUUGCAACAGAGAUAAGAAAGCAGUAAUGAGUUUUUUUUUGUGAGAUUGUUACUGGAAUUUUUAUUGAUUAGAUGUGUAAGCUUUUAACAGCACGAACUAGAGCCUAUUUUUUUUCCAUGGAGUUUGGUUUGUGACAGGGAAAAGAAAGCAAUGACAAGACGCUUUUAACCAAAUGAGUUAAGAGUCUAUUUGUUUCCAAUGAAGUUUGGUUUGUGACAGGGAAAAGAAAGCAAUGACAAGGCUUCAUGAAGCUUUUAACCAAAUGAGUUAAGAGUGUAUUUGUUUCCAAUGAAGUUUGAUUUGUAACAGGGAUAAAAAAGCAGUAAUGAGAUUCUCUCUUGAGAUUGUUGCUGGAUAUUUAUUCAUCA